UUCGGGCUCAUUCGAGAAAGAGUAACUGAAGGGAAAUCCAGCUCACAAACAAGGCCUUACAUUCAACGGAUAUAUUAUCAAAAGCAGCAGUUUCAACUUACAAAAAGUUCUGGAAGUAGGAGUUUACAUCACAACUUAAAAUAUGUUAUGAAGAAGUAAAAAUGAUGAUGAUAUAAUGACGGCAGAUGAUGAUCAUGAAUAAAUGAUGAUUUUUAUCAUUUGGAAUAUACAUCGAUUAGAUAGAUAGCUGUAAAAAUGAGUGAUUUCUUGUGUUUUGGAGACUACAUAUGUCUCUACUGUGAAGAGACCGAGGGAUAUGCAUACAGCUUGCAAUCUAGCUCCGCUCACAACUCGCUAUAUGUUUACAAUGGACAGAGCAAAGAGCUCCCUCUUGGUCUCGCAAAUGUGCAGGCAAUUGUGUUCCAAGUUGUCAUACAGAACAGAUAUAAACUUGACAAGAAAUACAGAAAAUGGAAGCAAGCAGCGGAAAAAAAUCCAGGAAAUACGGAAACAAAGGCUAUGCUGGGCCAAGCAAAGAAUGCAGUGAAGGCAGAACACGAUGAUAAUAGGACUGAACAAAAGCGCCAAAUGGGCAAAAUGGUCCGCUAUGGUGAAAUAAUACAGCUUCAACAUGUGUUUACACAGAAGUUCAUUCAUGCAAAUCCCAACCAGGCUAGUCGGAGAGAUAAAAAUAAUAUCAUGGUGCAAUUACACAGUUACAAUGCAAAGGCAGCUCAGUUCCGUGUUUUGCCAAAAUACAAGGUGAAAGCUGAAGGCGAGUUUGUCCAGAUAUUGGAUCAGGUCAUAUUUGAGAGUGCCAAAACUCCUGGGCAGUAUUUUCAUGCCAGUGCCCCCUAUAAGAUAGAUCACUUCUCUACAGGGUCAGAGUUGAACUUGGGAGUGGACAUGGCAGGAUUCACAGUGGUGAAACAUUAUAGACCCUCUGAGGAAACUGACAAUGUUAUUAGGAGUGGGUCUGUCUUGAGGCUGUUUCACAAAGAUCUGGAGGCCUAUGUAGUGGCUGAGGGUGUAUUUGGGGAACCUUUUACUGAAGAUGUUCAUCUUCGCCUGAGAGAGGUUGAUCAACUCAAAGGGAAGACCCUGUACCCGUCAACAUCUGGCAACACUUACUGGCAAAUUGAGAAGGAAGACCAGAAACUACAUGGUGAGAUGAUAACCUGGGAACAACAGGUGAGGUUCCGCCAUAUGGCAACAAGGAUGUACCUAAUGGUCACCCCCCUAGAAAACAGGCUGACACUGACAAAUGACGAACUCAACCCCAAUGCUGUGUUCAGGCUGCAUCCUGUCAUCAAUGAUAAAGAUGAAGUUGUAUUCAACACCUUUGCAAGAAUAGAACAUGUCCUCUCAAAGAAAUGGCUACAUGGACUAAAAGAUCAAGAAUAUAAGAGAAAGAAAUGUGAGAAUGUUACAGACCCUAAACUGCUCGCUGAGCUACAAUGGGAUGGUGGGGAAUUAAGACAGGUAUCCACCAAUGAUGAAAGCGUAUACUCGGAUGUCUACACUUUCCAAGAUGUCGGACAAAAGGACCAAGUCAAUUUCAACUUUGUGGCAGGGAUGGUACCAUGUAUUAGGAACUUUAUCAAAGACAGGAAAAAGAAAAAGCGACUUUCUGGAGCAAGAACUAUAGAGAUGUGUACAGCAUUCAAUGAGAUGAGACAGUUUAUACUUCCCGAUGGACAACCAAACAAAAACAGACAGAAGCUCUUCAGAAACUUAAGGUUGAUUGACAUGAUCGUGGAGAUGUUACAGUGUCCAAUGAAAGAAAUCCCAGACAAGGGACCCCUGACUCAGGUUUUCAAGUCUGCCUACACUGUCAUUAAUGCCUAUCUGGAGGGUGGAAGUAGAAAGAAUUCACUCUAUGUGGCGCAGUUUAUUGACUUCUUUCAGUCUCAGAUGACCCUUAGGGGGGAAAUUGGGUUAAAUGUAACCCAGAUGUUAGCAGAGUUGAUACGUGACAGUGAGAAGAUUGUAAAGCGUGUCAACUUUAGUCAGAUUGAGAAAAUUCUUGCACUGUUAAAGAACAACUCUAACUAUCGCUACCUUGACCUCCUCAGUUCACUCUGUGUUUGUAAUCAGCGUCCAAUACGACACAACCAAAACUUCAUCGCAGAACGAUGGCUUAAACGCGACAAGAGCCUCUUUUUGACAUCCAGAGGGCAGUCAAUCAAACGCCAGAUGAAUGUGAUCUAUGUUUCAUGGGAUAACGGCAAGAGUUGGACUCCAGCAAGGGAGGUUAUUGACGAAACAUCCGCUGACUACAACAGGGACAGACAUAUGUUCUUCAAGUACCAAGUGGAGCUUUGCAGACAGCUGUGCUAUGGACGUAACAUGGAGGUGAUUCGGUUGAUAACCUAUGAAAUGAACUACCUUGGCUGGGAGGAAGCGUUCAUUGCACUAGAAUCCACACAGCUUCCUGAUGAAGUGAGAGCAGAAUAUUGCAGGAUCAUUAUAGACAUGUUUGUGGAUGUUGGUGACAAUUACCCUGUGGUUGAGUAUGCUAAUGUGGCAUUUGCCUUCGAUGACAUUGGUAUGGAGGAAACAAAACCUAGGGUUUCACAGACUGUUGCUCAAUUUGGAGGAUCUAUUGCAACUUCAGGAGACUUGAUGACGGUGUUUCCAGUGGUACAUGACUGGAUCUCUAACUUCCUUGAAGAGAAUCAGGAGAUGAUUGCCAGUGAAACUGGAAGAAAUAAACUCAUUGCUCAAGUAUUACGGUUGCUAUACAACCUCAUAAAGUUUGGAUACUAUGGUGACGUAGAAGAGAUACAUAAAUUACAAAAACCGUUGCUACACCUACUCGAUGGUCGCCAUGACAAACCCUUUCCUAAAGACAAGGCAACAGGAUCUGGAUAUUCAAAAGAGGCGAAAAAAGCGGUGAAAUUAUACCAAGAUAAAGACCGCUAUGAAGCAGACAAAGACAAUCGUGUUAUUAUGGAGGCCAAGUUUCAAGCAAUGGAAGUCUUGGAUAUGAUCUUCAAAUACCAGAAUAAGACACGCUUGGAUGCUUUCAUAGUUUACUUCAAAGAAACAGAGCUGUCUUUGGCGGUUAAGAAGAAAAAACAUCCACUGAGUCCGCUGUUGUUUGAGCAGUUUGAUCCCUUGGAUACCAGCUCGAAAAUGAAACGUCAACAAAAGAGGGCAUUUGGUGUCAUCAAAGAUGUAUUUGACAAGUCAGCGUACUUCAAUGAGGCGCAACUUACGAACAUUCUCCUGGAUUUGGCAAACUACAAACAGGACAAGAUGGUAACAAAGGCUUUGAUGAUGCUUACAAAAUUCUAUUCUUCAAAGACUGACAUGUUUACCAAGCUUACUACCACUCAGGUAUUCACUACACUUGAUUCAUGUUCAGUCCACAGAGAGGUACAAAACCAAAACCCAUUGUUACGUAACCUCUCAAGGAUCCGCCUCAACGACAAACAGGCAUUCAAAGUUGAAGAAAUAUUCUUCAGAUAUCUCGAAUGCUGUUCAUUCAGAGAUGACCCAAAUAUUGGACAUCCAGUGAACCAGAACAUCAUGCUUUGUCAUGGUGUCCUUGACCUUCUCUUUACAAUGCUUACCAUGGACUAUGACACGAUAUCAAAACCUCAGAGGUCAAUGAAGAUGAUGGGCCUUAAGCUGUUGAGGGGGCUGGUAAAGGGGAAUGACGAGAUCCAAAACAAAGUCUUUAAAAAGCUGGGACAACUCCUUGAAAUCCCUCAUGUUGAGAGUCAACUGGCGGUCACACUCAAACAGGUGUUUGUAGCUAACCAGCAGAUAUGUAUCAAAGUAGUGCCCCAGCAGAUCAAAUCAAUUAUUCAGCUUGUCUGCCAACACCGCCAGAAUGCACCUGAAUUCCUUUAUCUACUAGCAGCCAUUGUAAAGGUGGAAGGUCUUGAUCUGUGCUUAAAACGGAACCAGUCAAUUGUGAUGAAAUACCUCAUGAUGAAUUACAGCAAGAUAUUCUACAUGUUUGAGAAACCUUAUGAGGAGAGGGAGAAGAUUCUCAUGAACAAGUCAGGCCCUGUUAAGUUGAGAUACCUCAUAGGACUUGUUGACCUGCUCUCUACAUGUGCUGAAGGUGAGAGCAGAUAUAUUGAGUCUCUCUGCCAGUCCAUCUUACCUUUGGAUGAGAUUCUCCUUGUGCUCAACAAUCCUGAUGUACAGUGCCACCUAAAGAGGUCCUUCCUGCAGUACAUGCUGAAUGUCUAUAUGAACAGUGGCUCAAGUAUCAUAGAGUCUGGUGCAGCAGAACUUUCACAUCAAGAUUCUCUGUGGUCAUACCUGACUGAACUCUGCAGCCAGAUAGAUUCUAUGUCAGAAGCAGUGAAGUCAACUGAUAGAGAGGAACUUAAAAGCAUGCUUAAACUACAUCCAUCUCACCGGAUGAAAGAUACUGAGAAUAUAACAAAUGCUGCACUGCAUGACAAACUGUGGUUCAUGCUAGAUGGAGCCAUGCCUUUCCUCAGGACAUUUUACAGCAAUUUCUUCUCUGCAGAUGUAGAUAAUUAUGAAGCAGAAAUAGAAGUCACUGAGCGGAUUGCUUUGUUACUAUUGAAACUAUGUGAAGGGAUUAGAACUUGUGUGACAAACCCAUCCCAUUUGAAGACAAUCAUGAUGUGUGUGACAACCGUGGCAACUGUAUCUUCUAUACCAACAACUGAAACUGAGGCAUUUGCUAGGUCGUUUGCUACUUUAGACUGGGUCAAUGCAGAGGAGGCUGGAUUUGGUUCCAGUCAGGUACAGUACUACAAGGAUGAGAUAGCCCUGAACAACAGGCUUAGAAUGUUCAGUAUGAAUGCCAGUCUUCUCUAUGGAGGACACAACACUGUAAAGGCUCAACUUAAGAUAAACGGAAAUAAAAGAGAAUACACUGAGCUUGGUGGAGACCAGCAGCUCCCUCUUGGAGAGGAAUUCCAGAAUCUGGUAAAAAGUUUUCUAAGUCAAGAUCCAAAGCAUCACAAGCAUGUAAAGAAAAAAUAUGCUCCAGCCGCAAAGCUUAUACAACAACUCGAGAUAUCAUCCAAGUAUUUAAGCGAGAUGAAUGAGGCUGAAGCCCUCUUGAACACCCGCUGUUUACAAAUCCUUAGUGCAAUGAUACACAAUGAAGAACGCAAGCUGCCUGAAGAUUAUGAAACAGACAUUCAAAGACAUCAAAUCCAACUGGAUUACAUAAGAGAAGUGCAGUCUGUGUUAAAUGAUAUGAAAGGCACAGUGAAUUGUCUGCCACAGCUGGGCAGCACUAAUGUAGAACUAGUGAGAGAGACACUAAGCUUUCUGGCUCUCUCACUGUUCAAUGCAAAUAGGACUGUACAGGAAACUUUGAUCCACUUCUUUGAGAAUACAAGAGAGGAGUCUUUCUUUGCUGCUGUGCGGACACGCAUCCAUAGAUCUGGUGAAGCUAUUAAAGAAAGUAGGGCAUUACUGGCCCAGCAAAGGUCACGAAAGAAAGAGUCGAACUUCCAAGCAAUUAACAUGCGUCAAGGUCAUGGCUCAGCCAGACGGGCUUUUCAGAAUAUUCAGCAAUAUGAACAGGCUUUAAAGAAAAAUGUUUUCAAAAUGAUGACCGAGGAAGACUUACUCCAAAUGACACGCAAGAGAGCAAAACUAGAUGAGAAACCCAAAAAGCCAGAAAUAGAGAAGCCGUUGAAAGAAAAAGAUAAGGGCGAAAAAUCCAAGAAGAAAACCAAAAAGGGUUUAUCUAAUGGGGGAAUAGAUAAAAAUGACAAAAGUGCGUUGGUGCCAUCAGAAGAGAAUGGACUGAGUUUUGACGAGGCUCUCGUCAUGGGAAUGGAGAGACAGGAAGAUGAUCGUGGAAUUGAUAACAAAGGAUUUGUGCCUACACUCCUGAUGGCUGGAACUUCUAAAAACAAGAAAGCAAUCAGCGAAACCCACAAGAUAAUGGAUGGAGAAAAUGAAGAAGAAGAGCAAGAUGAUAACGAAGAUGAGAUAGCAUUCAAAGAUGAUGGAUAUAUCAAGCUUGUGCUACAGGUGUUAGCUGCAAUGUGUGAUGGUCAAUUCACCCCUCUACAGGACUAUCUCAGGGUACAGGAAGACAAUCUUAGGUCUUAUAACAUAUUGGCUGAAAUCACUCAGUUCUUAAGUAUGGUAUAUACAAAUAUAAAACCCUCUUCAGCCAAGUUAGCAAUCCGUCUCUUCAACACAAUCAAUGAAACUUCAACGGGUAACCAAGCCAACAGAGUGGUGAUCCUGAACAACAAAGUUGUCGACUACAUUAACUUCAUUCUUCGGGCCCGUGAUAUAGCAUGUGAUCCUGACCAGGUCCUGGAGCUGAGGUCUAUCAUUAGUCAGGUGUUGAUUUCCCUCAUUGAGGAGAACAGUCCAGAGGCGUACCAAGUUGCCAAGGAAAUCAAGGAUACCUUGGACAAAGAGGCUGUGUACAGGUGUAUGACUGAGUGUUUUGAGCUACAUCAGAAAAAGAAAUUUGGUAAGAAGAAGUCUACAAUGGAAGCAAUGAUAGAAGCAGGAGGGAAUCUGAUGAAAGGAAUCAUGGAAGGUAAUGAUAAAGAUGAGAUGAGGGAGCUACUGACAGAGACAGGCUUUAACUUCUACUUAGUCCUGCAACGUAUGUAUGACAUAGACCCACUCAUGGAUAGCAAAGAAGGUAUCACUUUGGCACCCAUGCAAAUGAAGGCUUUCAAGUAUUACAAGAAGAACACAAUGUCUGUUGAAGUCUUGAAGGAUGAUUACCUACAGAAGAAGACAUUCAGAGUUAAAAACAAGAAUCUUCUUCGUGAGGAAAUCAAGGAAAAAAUGAAAUGGAGCAUCGAUAGAACAUCACCUAGCAACAAGAUACGAGACUUUAUGCAAUGGACCAAUGAUAUUGUAAAAGAUAUUUAUUACCAGAAGAAAAUACUCUCAAACCCAAUUGCAGCAUUUUUAUCCAAAAACUGGUCCUUAUGGAACUACAUCUGCAUCUUACUGAGUGUGGCUAUCAACAUUUUGAUGCUGGUUGUAUGGAAGGCCAAGAGACCUUUGACAAUUGAUGACCUACCAGAUGGACCAUUGCCAGCUGCUAUGUAUGACCCUGAACCAGACAUAAACGACAAUAUAAUGUCCAAAUCCCUCUACAAUCUGUUGAUUUGGAUAAUGGGUGGAACUCACAAUUUCUUCUCCCUUGUCCUUAUCAUAAGUUACCUGCUUUCAAAUCAUCCACAACUCCCAGACUGCAGCUGGAUAUCAAAUUUCUGCAGGGCAUGCUGUAGCAGGAAGGAUGAGGAUGAAGAUGAUUACACAGAUGAAAAGGUUGUCAAGAAGGUUCCAGAAUCCAAGUUAGCAACUGCCUUGUUUAGCUUUGCUACAAUAUACUACAUGGUGUUCCUAGCGUCUUCAUUAGCCGGAACUUUUUUCUGGGGCUAUUUUUUUGCUUUUCAUCUGCUUAACAUCGUCAACAACAAUCAGCUAUUGCAGGGUGUCAUUAAUGCAGUCACACAAAAUGGUCGAUCGCUACUGUGGGUUGGCAUACUUGCUCUGAUUCUUAUUCACAUCUAUUCGCUUGUUGCAUUUGCCUUUUUCCGGCCAAGUUUUGACCCGACAGGAGAUGCACCCUUGCACGUGGAGUCCCUCUAUGAGACCCUGGUUACUAUGUUACGCUAUGGUCUUACGGGGAUAUUGUUUGAGGUAUUUGUUGUGAAUGAAAAGGAAAAGUAUGACACUCUCUCAAUGGAUGCGUCAUUUGCCAGGUUUGGUUGGAUGACCCUCUUCCACCUUACCUUCUUUAUUCUCAUCACAACUAUUGGUCUCAAUAUCAUCUUUGGUAUCAUCGUAGACACAUUCUCGGAGCUGAGAGACAAGAAGUGGGUCGCAGAAUCUGACAUGAGAGACACUUGUUUCAUCUGCAGUAGAAGUAGUUAUGACUUUGAGCACCAUGGCAAGGGUUUUGAACACCACAUCACAUAUGAUCACAAUAUGUGGGCGUAUAUAUUCUACUUCAUCAGUCUCAAUGACACAUCACCAAAUGACUAUACAGCGAUUGAUCUAUAUGUUAGCAACAUGUUGAAGAAAGAGAGGUAUGAGUUUUUCCCACUUGACCGUGCUCUCUGCCUGAAGGAUGAAGAUUCAACAGAUAGUAAACUUGAUGAGGUCUUGGCCUGUGUUACAAUACUUAUGAAGAAAUGGAACAAAGAGGAACAAACAAAGAAGCGUGAAGAGGAACGCAAAAAGCAACGAGAGUGGGUGCGUCGCAAAUCUGCGUUUGUCAUGUCUGGAACAGAUGACUCUGAUGGUCACCCUGGGCCUGGUGGAAGUGGUGGACAUGGGGGAGGUGGACCUCCACCUCCAGAUGAUAGACCUGAUGGUCCUGGUUUGGGUGGGGAUGAUCACCUUCCUCCCCCUCCUCCCUCUCUCUUACUUAAGGGGGGAAUGAUUCCUUCUCACUUAGCUGCACACCAAAAAGAAGUUCCCACAGAGCCCAAAAUAGAAGAUCCAGUUCAAUUUAUACCUCAGAGGCAAUCUGAUGAUUUAGAUGAAAUAAUACCACACCCUCCUUCCCUCCUUAGGAAGGAGCCAACAACAUCUCAAGAAUUUCCAUCUGAGAAAGAAGUUCCCAAUGAGGGAGCGAUCCAGAUUGAAAUCCCACCUAAGUCUCCCACCCCUCCCCCUGCCCCAAAGCACUACUCCCCAACAGCACCUGAAUCAAAAGAUACAGUUGAGACUAAACAUCCUAAACAAGAUCGCGAUGAUGCAUAUAGUGACAUUGAUGAUCAUAAAAAGAUUCAUGAUGAUGAUCAAAUCAUGCUUGAAAUUCCUCCAGAUAAUGGUUUUGUGGAGGAUUUAGAUACGGACAAUAUUGCCAGUUCAGAGUAUCCAUCAGGAGGAUCAUUUGACUCUGGCAGCCCAGAGCCUCCAUUUGAUGAUGACAUGGCCAAGUUUUCACCAAUGAGGACUCCUUCACCAAAUCAUAGCUCCGAUAAUAUGAUGCCACGUGAGAUCCGAGGUAGCCCUGUUGAGAUGGUAUAUAAUGUGAAUCCAAGUCCCUGUUCCAGUCGUAGAUCAAGUCUGGAGUAUGGGGACAGAAAAGCAACAACACAUUUUUGAGGAUUUCUGGGUAUUCAAUUGUGCUCCAUUAAACAGCAGCAUUUGCUCAAAAACCCUUGAGGUGGAUUGGUUGUCUUUUUUUACAAUCCUCAAUAGCCAUAUAAGUGGCGUUUAAGUCAAGGUCAUGGGUAUUGCGUAACAAGGUACACAGGCACAGCCUUUGGGAUAAUGAAUAAAUACACUUCAACUGUAUCGAAGUAAUAAGAUGUCACCAUCUUUGUAUGAGAUGUUUUAGCCAUGGGGCAUACAUAAAAUAGGUGAAUGCUUAGAGGAUGAAUUUUGAUUUACGAUGGAAUUUUCAAGUCAAUUAUUUCAUCUAAUGGGUUGUGAGGAGAUGCAAUUUUGAGGGAGUGACAAAUGAGAAAUGUAUAGAAUGAACAUGAAUUUGAAUAUCAUGUAGGCCAAGCCUGAAAGUGGAAUAUUUGUAUAUAAAGAAAGAUGUAUGUUACAAUACCAUAUUUAACAUUAUUAAGAGUUAGAUUAACAGGGCAGAUUUAAUAUGAAGUAGGGAGUCUAGUGGUUCAGCUAAAACAAAAUUAAAUACAAUUUUAUUAUAUUUGAAAUGGAUGUUGAUCAAUUGACCCAAUCACUUUUUAUUAUUAUAUAUAUAUAGAGGUUAUAAAAUUGCAAAUUUGAGCACAACUUUUAGGCAAUUGAACUCACAGGGGAGUAAAUGUAAGUCAUUGCUGAGCAUAUGGAUAUACAACUAGAUUUAUUCCAUGGGGUUAUUCCAUACAAUAAUAAAUACAUUUAUUUUGUCUAUUGAAUAUGUUUAAUUUCGUUUCCUAAUAUUUAUUCAUAAAACCAAAAUCUGAAUCUCCAACGUGUAAAUUUGUGGGAUUUUAAUCCUAAUUAGCUGAAAGUUAAACUUUGAGCUUAAGAUAAACUGAAUGAAUAUAUUUAUUAGUGUAUAUUUUCCCAGGUUGAAAUGAUAAUUAUGAUAUAAGAGGUGCUAGUAUAAGAUAUCCCCAUAAGUUCUUUUUAGACUGAUUUCCCUUGUUUUCUUUACCCAAUAGCCUUGGGAAGUUUGUCCUGGAGAUAUAUCAAAAUACAAUUUAUAUUCAAUAUAAUAAUAAGGAUAUAUUUCUACAUGGGACACAUGCCACUAGCAGACUGUAUAUUCCAAUAUCAUCACACCUCAUGCAUAUCAUUGUUGUUACAUUGCAUAUAUUAGCCAGGAAUUAUUGCUAAUUGUCUGACAUGUGUGUUAAAUAAUGCAUGCUAAAAGAUUGCAGCAAAUAUCUGCAUUCCCCAGUAUGACAUUAACUUGAUUGCUUAAUACUCAAUCACUGAAAAGUAAAUGUGAGAUUCAUCUAGAAAGCACCAUGCUGCAUAUAUUGUUGUUUUAUUGAAUUAGGACAGAAAAGGGCUUAUCCAUACCCAGAGACCCAGCUAGAUUUUGAUUGGUCUAUUUUAUUGGGUAAGGCUUGAUCUCACAUUCAAAGAGUAUAGAUGGAGCCACCUUUUCAAGGUAAAAUCAGAUGUAAACCAUUGACAAAACUGGAAGUAACAAUGGCUUACAAUUUAUUCUAUGCCAUCUCAAAUAUAUUAUUUUCUAAAGAAUCCAUGGCAUGUUAUCAAAUUGCAAAGACUCUGACUUAAGUGAAGGGUAAUCAAACUACAUUGUACAUUAACAUCAACAAAAAUGGAAUUAGGUUAUUAUUUGGGUAUUUUAGGUUAACAUUUAAAUAUUUUUAAUCCAACUAAUGUUUUAUUUUAUGUUUUUGGUCUAGGGUUGUAUUGUCUCCUGUAAAUAUAAAUGGGAUUUUAGCAGAUUGUAAUGAAUUAUUUGUAUGCAGAAAUGCGAGGCAAAUUUGUGAAUUGUUGUAAAUAAUGUAAAACAACCUUGUCAUGAUAAAGUGAUACUCAGUGAUAAUUAAAAUACAUGUAAUGUACGAGUGUCCCAGAACUAUAUUUAGUAUUAAUAAAAUCAUUCAAAUGAUAUCAGUGCUUUAUUUUGAAUUUUUUAAUCAUUUUAUAUUUUUAUCUGUACAGUUAAUUAACAAUCCUGAGUAAUAAAACUGUUAUGAAAUAACGCAUUAAUUAUCAUUAUACAUAUCGUAUACAUAGCCCAGUUAAAUGCACUUCCAUUCAUAAAAAUCAGAAUAAUCAUUUUGUAAAAUAUUUUCUUUUGCUAGAAAAAUGAGGAUUUUCUAUUUUGGAAACAAGGAGUUUUUAAGCAUUGCUCCGAGCCUGAGAACACCUGAGAGUAUUCUCAAUGGUAUAAUCAGAUGUUGUAUUAACCAUAAACACACAAUGAGGAAACGCUCUUGAUGAAAUGAAUUUUACAUUGUGUUGUGUUGUGUUGCAAAUACAGAGUGGGCCAAAGAAUAACAGAAAAUGACCCCUUGUGAACAUCCAUAAUGUGAAUUGAGGUAAAAUUGCAGGUAAUUCAAAUCUUUGUAAUGAUGUAGAUCAUUACAUCAUGCUCAAAAUUAAUCUUUAUUUUAUGUCCCUGCCAAAAAGUGGUGGCAUAUUUUUGAUCAGCAUUAAUUGUGAGAUGUGGUUGGCAACUGUAACUAAUUAUUAUAGUACUUAUGAAACAGAGUGACAUUAUGUCAAAUUAAUACCUUGUUUUAAUUGGUUGUUAUUUUGGCCCGCCGUGUAUUUCCAUUGCUAUAAUGUAAAAUUUGUGAUUAAUAUGUCCCUAAUGUGGUAUUAAGUGAUUAAUCUCGAGUUAUGACAGUAAUACGUUAAUUGCUGCUUGAUUAAAAAAAUAGUGGUACAUGCAGAGAGAAUCGUCCCUCACUAAUAUCAAAUAGUUAUCUGCACAACAGUAGAAUUUUACAUAACACAUAUGCUAACAGUGGCUAACUACUUUUGUACAUGUGUAUUUCAGAAGUAAAAUCAAUAAGGUCGAUAGAGUGGAAUUGUUUUUACCAGAAUCAUUAUAUCUUGUACUGUAUUGAUGGUAUAUAUUUUACAUUUCGAAAUCCAUUUUUAUAGAGUAUAUAAUUUUUAUAUGAGAGUAGUAUAUUCCAUCAAUAUGGGGAAAUUUUGCAUGUUUAAAUCUUAUAUGUUGAACCAAUGACAUCUAUUGCAGUGAGGUGAAAUGAAUCUUUACCACCAGUGAUACAUGUAAUUAUUAGGUAUUAUUGGAGAUAUGAAAUAAAUGAAUUCAUUACAAUACAAUGUAAAUUCUUUGUUUAGGAUUAGCUCCCAGAAUGCAAUAUCGAUA